CCACGGCAAUUGAGCCCUGCCUUCGUCCGCCUGUCAAUAUUACCCGUUCGCCCCACGCCCGUUUUUCUACUUUUCUUCUUUUCUUUCCUUAGUUUACACUCCCCCUCCACACGCACCCCCACGCACCCAACAUACGCCUGUUGAUCCCCUCCUGCUACUACCAAAUCCGCCUUUACCUUCCGACUCCUUAUUUUACAGCCAACACACCACCAUGUCUAUCACAAAGUCCACCAUGAUGAUCGCCAUCUUUGGCCUGUUCCUCUGCCUGACCUCGACCGUUGCUGCGGCCGAUCUCUACAACCCUGGCAAGCCUCUCAACUGCACAACUUGGGCUGACAACUGCAAGGCAUUGACUUUGGCUACCUAUGGCAACGGAAAGAAUGAAACGUACACUGGUCCUUCGUCACAGUGCAAUGUCACGAAUCUCUCUGGUGCUCAACCAUUGUGCGGUGAGAAUGUCAUUUGCUUGGCCACUUUCCUCAUCAAAGCUGGCACCGUGACUACGACUACUACGACUGCUGCGACACCUGCGCCCACUGGCACCAACAGUACCUCGGGCGGAAACACCACCGUUACCACCCCUGGACCCUCGAGCAUGUACACCGUCGGCUCUGUUGACAUGACCAGCCAGCUGCUGAGCAUGUACGAUACCUUGAAGUGCUCUGCUGCGUUUGUUCAGGCUGCUACGUCGGUCACUGCUUUGCUUAUUGUCGCGUCGAUCGUCUCUCUCAUGAGCAACAUGCUCUAAAAAAAUAUGGAGCAAACGCACAAGACCGACUCAUAAUUUCAUUCCUUCUCCCCCCCCCCCCUCGAUACUGAAGAUAUGCCGAGCCAUGCUAUUUCGCAGCUGCAGAAUCGUUUAAUAAACGUAGCAAAAAAAAAAAAAAGAGUAACGGAGUGGAGAAUAUCCUUUCUUUUUUGCAUUGAAAUAAACAGGAUGAUUAGGACGACAAUAGA